CUAGCGUCUCCUGUGUGAAAAUUAAAUCAGACGUUGGACCCAUUCAAGAUUACUGUCGCGUUUGUUGAGUUUCGUUGCGGUGCUGGUUGGCUUGACACCGUCCAAGAUGGUAGAUGUGGCAGAGGUUCAUAUACUACCCGAAACUCCGGGAAGACCCGCUAUUCUGAACCCCUUUGAGAGCCCAAACGAUUAUCAUCGCCUGCAUGAAUCUCUGGUGCCAAGCCCAUCCGUGUUCAAGAGCUCCAGGAGUUCUGCAGCAACACCAGCAAAGUUCAAAUGGUCCAUUGAUGAAAUGGCUAAUUUACUUCCUGUGGAAAUAGACCCAGAGGAUAUUCACCGCCAGGCUGUAUUUCUGAGCCAAGCCAGAGCUGAUGCUGAGAUUGAGGAAAAACGACAGCAUGCUAUUGAACAGUUUUUCACUAAAAGUGCCAUUGUUCCCUCUCCAUGGGGACCCCCAACAGCUAAACAAUCAGUAAAGCUGCCAUAUCAGAAAAGUUCUUUGUCCCCACUGGUUACAGAGGAGCUUCAAUCACCAAAGAAAAUUAAUGUCAUCUGUCAGACAGUCCUGUCUCUACCUGUGGACUUCAAUAUUGAAAAAGUUCUGGGUGAUUACUAUAGGACAGAGGAGUUAACUGAGCAGGUGCAGGAGAGCCUUAGCUCCUCUUCUUUGCGGAGAAAGCUGUUUCUUGAUGGCCAUGACAGCGGCUCUGAGUCCUCUAGCCCUCCCAGCCCGGACAGGGAUUCUCAUAACGUUGCUCCCAGCAAUCGAGAAAUGAUGUCAUCAGUUAUAGUCUCUCCGCUUCAGAUUGGCAUUCCAACGGGGAUGCCCUUGUCUGGCCAGUUUUCAUCGAGUCCUAUCCAAGGUCAGCGUCGAGCAUAUAGUCUGGGCAAUGCUGCCAGUCCAAUGUUUUCAGAGAGAUCAUCGCCUGCUUUUAAAUCUCCUACUCUGUCUCCCAUCAGGCUUCAGCAUUCUGUGACUCCUGUAUCAGGUGAGAGAAAGAGACUGUCAUUUCUGUCCCCCGAUGGUGCUCCUUUGGGCAGCUCAGACAUGGAUGUGAAUCGAUGUGGAGAAAGCCCAUUUGUGGAGGGCUGUUCCCCUAUACGCAGUUGCUCCCCUCUUCAAUCUCAGCCCAGAAACAGAGUCUGCAUCUGGGCCUCACCUACUCACAUUUCCCCUAUCCUCUACCCAACCUUCCAGGACAAGGAGAACAUCCAUCACACUGAACCUUUACCCACCAUGGACCUAGAUGCCGGUUCAACAGGGCCUCAUGGUCUGCGAGGACUUCAGUCUGGGGGGAGUGAGUGUGAGGACUCCCUGGCUGUUUCAGAGCAAAUGGAUCAAGAUGAACUGGUGGUGAAGGACAGGGGAGGAAAUAUUGAGACUGACAGGAGGGAAAGUGAAGAGGAGGAGGUGGUCAUUAGCAGGAGCAGAGAGGAGUCCUGUGGUUGGGUUCCGGUAGAGGAUACUGCGUCACCAGUUAGACUGAGCAGCACUCGGACCGGCAGUGAGCCUAAUGCUGAGAGUACACACAUGCUUGUAUCCCUGCUGGCAGAAGGGAGCAUCACACCAUAUGACAUUAGCAUGCAGGUGGAUAGCGGUUAUAACACUCACUCGGUGUGCACCACCAGCUUAAUGGACACCCUCAGUUCAGACAGCCAGAGUAAAGAAAUGUUGGACACACACACUGCUGAGGAGGGCAUUUUUUACACUAAACCUAAGUUGUUCAUUCCACCACACUGAGCAUGAGGGACAAUUCAGGCACUUUACACUCUUUAUCCCAAAGCUGUGGAGAAGACAAUACAUUUACAUCAAGCUGUAUAAUACUCAUGUUAUCUCAGAGAGAAUGUUUGAUACUGAAGUAUUAUGUUUGUGCCUUGUUAUAAUUGAACUAAUCUACAGUUUUAAGCAUUCUUGGUAAAGAAAUCACAUGAAUUUGAGACUGAGAAAACUUGAAAUAAAUGUUUUUGUAUGGUUUAUUGAUUGUAAUAGUUCAAUGUAACUGCUGGCAUUAUUUGUAAUUUGUUAAAGAGGAUGGCAGGUGUGACCAUUUCCUCUUGCUAAGUUUUAUAUGGCCUUUUUUACAAUCUUAUAAUUAUUUAUGAAUUAAUCCAAACCACUAACAAGAUCAUGGAGAGACCACAUUCUGUGCAGUUAUGCAUGCAUAUUAUGGCUUCAUGUAUACCUGAAUUGUAAUAAAGAGUCUUGAUAAAAAUGGAGCCUGUGUCCUUGAUUAGAGAUUUUCAUCUUGCAAUUUGUUCUCUUACAAGUCAGCAUAACAUUGUUUAUGCUAAUCUGAAACAGAUUUUUCAUUUCAUUUUACUGUUGUGUGUGAAAAUCCCAGGAGAUCAGCAGUUCCAGAAA